GGUGUGCCACCACCUCCACGCAAUGCCCCAGAUAAGCCCAGAGAUCUCCGAGAGGACCCCGAGCACCGGGGGCGCCCUACCCCCUGCCUUCCUGGUGCCCAGGCAGCUGGUGCCCCCCCGGGCGGGGGGCGUGCGGCACUGCGGUGGAGGGGGCAGCGGAGAUGCGAGGGGGGCUUGGGGAAGGGUCCCGCUGGGCGUGCUGAUGCUGCUCUGCCCCUCCCAGGCUGGACAUGGGCAGCUGCAACCGGACGAGCCUGUGCCCCGGGUUCCAGGACGCCAGCACCGCCGUGGUCAUCGACCUGACGGAGAACCCCCUGGAGAAGCUCCCUGACGCCUCCUUCCUGGGCUUCACCAGCCUGCAGAGCAUAGCCGUCCCGCUUGCCCUGGACUGCCCCGGGGGGAGCGCGGCCUGGGAGAACAUCACAGCUGGCACGGACAGCAGAAUCUGCCAGGGCCAGAGGAACUCCUGCAACAGCUCCGGGGAGCUCGCCUGGCUUUGCCCUGAAAACUCCCAGUGCGCCCCCAACGGCCCCAGCCUCGUCCAGUGCCUGUGCUGGGGGCCCUACCACGGCUACAAGUGCCUGCGUGAGGGCACCUUCCCCAUGCUGCUCUUCUAUGGGGUCCUGGGAGCUGUGACCGCCGUCCUAUCCCUGCUGCUCUGGGGCACCCAGCGGGGGAAAGCCAAGGCCUCCUGAGCCGCUCCGGGCUGGAGCAUCUGGGGGCCAGGACGCCCCGCGUCUCCCCCAGCCUGAAACGGAUCGCCUCCCCGUGGGACCCCGCACCCAGCCAGGCCCGGCCUCCCCCCAGCGCGCGGGCUGGCUCUGCCUUCCUGCCUCUGGGCUGCUGUUCCCCUGCCUCCGCGGGGCCGGGGCUGCGUCCCCGUGGCCCGACACAAUACAGACUUGAUUUACGGCC